CUUCACGAAGAAGAAUGUAAAUUUCAAUUUUACUGGUCCAAAUUUGGUGUAAAUGUUAGGUUGCAUAUAAUUUACCAUUCGUUGAUUGGUGUACAUUUUUGAGCCGCAUGCGCUCUCUGUGAAAGUGGACAUAUUUUGACAGUUUCAAAAUGGUUUAAUGUAAGAACGUGUGUAUAAAUUAUUUUUAUAAUUAUGGAAAAAUACGAAGUUUUAGGACAAGUUGGUGAAGGUUCUUUUGGACAGGUGUAUAAAGCAAAAAAACGUUCGGACGGUGAAAUUGUGGCCUUCAAAGUUAUUAGGAAACGUGGUAGAUCAUUCAAAGAACUUAAAAGUUUACGUCAAGAAUGUGAGAUUCAACGUCAUUUGCAUCAUCCUAAUAUUGUUCAAAUGUUAGAUUCUUUUGAAACUGAAAAUGAGAUUGUUGUUGUAACGGAAUAUGCUGAUAAAGAAUUAUAUGAAAUUUUGGGUAAAGCUGGCCAUCUUUCAGAAGAAAGAGCACAAGUUAUAGCUUGUGAUUUGGUUUCUGCACUUUAUUAUCUCCAUUCGAACAGAGUAUUACAUAGGGACCUUAAACCACAAAAUGUACUUUUAGAGGCAAAUGGAGUAGCCAAAUUAUGCGAUUUUGGUUUUGCACGUAGUAUGAGCACUGGAACACAUGUACUUACUUCUAUUAAAGGUACUCCUUUAUAUAUGGCUCCAGAGCUCAUACAAGAACGUCCUUAUGAUCACAAUGUAGAUUUAUGGUCAUUAGGUUGUAUAGUUUAUGAAUUAGUUGUCGGUUCACCACCAUUUCAAACAACUUCUAUUUUACAUUUGGUUAGAUUGAUACGUUUUGAAGCGGUUAAGUGGCCAGAUUUUAUUUCACCAAAUUGCAAGAGUUUCUUACAGGGUUUGUUGCAAAAGGAUCCUUCUCAACGUUUGACCUGGCCUGCCCUAUUAGAACAUCCAUUCGUUAAGGAUAGAAUCAUCAUAGUAGGUGGAACAGUACCUACACCCUUUACAACACCAUUAUCAGCUAGUCAAGCUAGAGCUAAACAACAACAAUUGCAAAACUUAUCAAUGAGAUCUACCAAUCAAUCAAAAGUUCUCGAGAAAGCUGUUGAGAAAGUACAAUGUCAAGAGAGAAAACUUCGAGAACAAAGACAAAGGACAUGUAUUUCACAACCACGUUAUCCAAUGUUUCAUGCCUAUUGUCAGCAUGGCCUGAAUCAUUGUCAGAUACUUCGACGUAGCGAACCAAGUGGUACAGAUUCGAGCGCUAGUAUCGAUGUACUAUUGGGAAAUCUUAGUUUGCGAGCAUCGUUAAGAAGCGAUCUACUUGCUGCUGAUCAUGCAUUGUGUCAAAGCGAUUGUCCUAAUACAAAUAACGAACAAACAUUUCCAAUAAUAAAUAAUAAUUCUAAAUUGAUCUAUACGAAAACAAAUGAUGAAGGACAAAAGAAAACAAACGAAUCCGAAGGUUUUAUUAAUAAAAAUGCUAAAGGUGAUGGAUUAAAUGUUGCACAACAAACGGAAAGAUCAUCUGAAAUGGAACAAAUUUCGGGCAAUGGCGAUUGCAAACAAACCUGUUUGAGUAAAGAUUAUGAAUUAGAAUUUGGAAAGGAAAAUCUAAUAGAUAAACACGUUAGAUUGCCAGAUUGGAAUCCAAGAGCCGUUGAAAGGCCAAUAGAAAAUGAAGAAUGGGUCGCGUUUUUACAAAGAUCUAUGGAGGAAGUAAUGGAGGGUGAAGUUGUUUCUUUAUUGCAACAAAAUUGUGUUUCCGUUUUCGUAUCGCCAUUAAGAAAUCAAGGAGCUGGUUGUCGUGUCGUCGAAUACGUUGCUUGUCUAUUAUCUUUACCAUUUGUUAUAUCAGUCUCGCGUGAAAAUCUUGAAAGCAUUGAACGUGUUUAUUUGGACGUUCGAGUGGUACCAAAUCUCGUAUAUGCAAUAAAAUUACUUAUGUCAGAACGAUCUGAAGGAGAGACCAUUGCAACAGGUUCUGCUGGUAUCACUAGAUCAGCAUCUACGUUAUCAGCGGAUGAAUUACAAGCUUUGGAAUGUACGAUGCUUUUACUCUGUAGAUUGGUUUACGUUCAAGAACAAUUUUUAACUCAAUUUUGUGAUGCCGUUUAUAUUGUCAAUGGAAUGCCAUUGUUACAACAAUUAUUAACUUUGGAAAAAAGAAAGGCACGAGUUGUGGCGGAUUUAAUAGCCAUAUUGAACAAUAUUUUACGUUCUCAACCUGAGAAUGCCGAGCUAGUAGAAAAAGUUGUUCUCCAUUCGAAAACUCAUGUAGGUACAGUUGAACAAUUUGGUAAACUUCUUGGACAUCGGCAAGGUGUAUUGAGAGCUAGAACGUGCAUACUGAUUAGACUUUUAGGAAGAUUUUGUUGCAGAGCAUUGCAACAAGUUUGGGGGAGAUCUUUGAGAAAUCUUAUUGAAAAUUUAUUGCUCGACGAGGAAGAAAACGUUAGAAACUCUGCCGAAGACGCGGUCGGAGAACUUAAACAAUUAACGUACUAUAAUCAAUUGAGUCCGGCUGGUUGAUGAACAGGGAUUAAUUUAAGGGAAUUAAUCGUUAUAAAAUGGGGCCAAACGUAUCAAAAAGUUUAAAAUCAAUUAUAAGUUAUAAAGAGAUUUUAUAAUGAUCAUCAAAAGAAAAUAUAUAAAAUAUUUUCAUGUAAAGUUACGUUAUGUAAUUUCGAUAAAUUUAUAUAAUACUUAAACUAAUACUUCUAGUCCUCAAUGAAAUUCACUAUUUCUACGUGAUAGGGAAUUUUUUAUAAGAUCGGAUUU